CCGGGGCGCCGGGCGGCGAGUCGGUGGGCACGGGAGCCGUUGCGGGCCGGAGAGGAGGCCAGGAUGGCGGCUCCGAGCAGGAAGACGACGGCCCCAACCCCCCUGGCUUCCAAGAGAGCCCUCCCUAGAGACCCGUCGUCAGAGGUUCCGAGCAAGAGGAAGAGUUCGGCCCCGCCGGCCCCGCCGGCCCCGCCGGCCCCGCCGGCGCCGCUGCAGUCGGCCGGGCCUUUCGUGGAAGGCUCCAUCGUCCGCAUCGCCAUGGAGAACUUCCUAACAUACGAUAUCUGUGAAGUAUCUCCUGGACCUCACUUGAAUAUGAUUAUUGGAGCUAAUGGAACAGGGAAGUCCAGCAUUGUGUGUGCCAUUUGCCUUGGCUUAGCAGGGAAGCCUGCUUUCAUGGGACGGGCAGAUAAGGUUGGCUUUUUUGUGAAGAGAGGGUGUUCCAAAGGCAUGGUUGAAAUUGAAUUGUUCCGAACUUCUGGAAAUCUUGUAAUCACCCGUGAGAUUGAUGUGGCAAAAAAUCAGUCUUUUUGGUUCAUCAACAAAAAAUCUACAACUCAGAAAAUAGUAGAAGAGCAAGUUGCAGCCUUAAAUAUUCAAGUGGGCAAUCUUUGCCAGUUUCUACCUCAGGAUAAAGUUGGAGAAUUUGCUAAACUCAGUAAAAUUGAACUCCUUGAGGCUACUGAGAAGUCGAUUGGUCCUCCAGAAAUGCACAUGUAUCACUGUGAACUCAAAAACUUCAGGGAGAAAGAAAAACAACUAGAGACCUCAUGCAAAGAGAAAACUGAAUAUCUAGAGAAAAUGAUUCAGAGGAAUGAAAGAUAUAAACAAGAUGUGGAGAGGUUCUAUGAACGUAAGCGGCAUUUAGAUUUGAUUGAGAUGCUUGAAGCAAAAAGGCCAUGGGUGGAGUAUGAAAAUGUUCGUCAGGAAUAUGAAGAAGUAAAACUAGCUCGUGACCAAGUGAAGGAAGAGGUCAGAAAACUUAAAGAAGGGCAGAUUCCUAUGACACGUCGAAUUGAAGAAAUUGAAAGGCAGCGUCACAAUUUGGAAGCUCGAAUCAAAGAGAAGGCAACAGAUAUUAAGGAGACAUCUCAAAAAUGCAAACAAAAGCAAGAUGUUAUAGAAAGAAAAGACAAACAUAUUGAGGAACUUCAGCAGGCAUUAACAGUAAAACAAAAUGAAGAACAUGACCGACAGAAGAGAAUAAGUAAUACCCGCAAAAUGAUAGAAGAUUUGCAGAAUGAACUGAAGACCACAGAAAACUGUGAAAAUCUUCAACCCCAGAUUGAUGCCAUUACAAAUGAUCUGAGACGAGUUCAAGAUGAAAAGGCAUUAUGCGAAGGCGAGAUUAUUGACAAGCGAAGAGAGAGGGAAACUCUAGAGAAGGAGAAAAAGAGUGUGGGUGAUCAUAUUGUACGUUUUGACAAUCUUAUGAAUCAAAAGGAAGAUAAGUUGAGACAGAGAUACCGUGACACAUAUGAUGCUGUUUUGUGGCUAAGAAAUAACAGAGACAAAUUUAAGCAAAGAGUCUGUGAGCCCAUAAUGCUCACGAUUAAUAUGAAGGAUAAUAAAAAUGCCAAAUACAUUGAAAAUCAUAUUUCAUCAAAUGAUUUGCGAGCCUUUGUAUUUGAAAGUCAAGAAGAUAUGGAGGUUUUUCUCAAAGAGGUUCGUGAUAAUAAAAAAUUAAGAGUAAAUGCUGUUAUUGCUCCCAAGCGUUCAUAUGCAGACAAAGCACCUUCAAGAUCUCUGAAUGAGCUAAAACAGUAUGGAUUUUUCUCUUAUUUGCGAGAGUUAUUUGAUGCACCCGAUCCUGUUAUGAGUUUUCUUUGCUGGCAAUAUCAUAUUCAUGAAGUUCCUGUGGGAACUGAAAGAACCAGAGAGAGAAUUGAACGGAUAAUACAAGAAACCCAGUUAAAACAAAUUUAUACAGCAGAAGAAAAGUAUGUGGUGAAAACUUCUUUUUAUUCAAACAAAGUUAUUUCCAGUAAUACAUCCUUAAAAGUAGCCCAGUUUCUCACAGUCACUGUGGAUCUAGAACAAAGAAGACGCUUAGAAGAACAGCUAAAGGAAAUUAAUAGAAAAUUGCAAGCAGUGGAAUCAGCAUUGAUUGACUUACGUGAGACAAACAAACAUCUAGAACACAAAGACAAUGAGCUUAGACAAAAGAAGAAGGAGCUUUUGGAAAGAAAAACCAAGAAAAGACAACUGGAACAAAAAAUUAGUUCCAAACUAGGAAGUUUAAAGCUGAUGGAACAGGAUACUUGCAACCUUGAAGAGGAAGAGCGAAAAGCAAGUACCAAAAUCAAAGAAAUAAACGUUCAAAAGGCAAAGCUUGUUACUGAAUUAACAAACCUAAUAAAGAUUUGUACUUCUCUGCAUAUACAAAAAGUAGAUUUAAUCCUUCAAAAUACGACAGUGAUCUCUGAAAAGAACAAGUUAGAAUCAGAUUAUAUGGCUGCAUCAUCACAACUGCGCCUCACAGAGCAACAUUUCAUUGAAUUGGAUGAAAGUAGACAGAGAUUACUACAGAAAUGCAAAGAACUUAUGAAGAGAGCUAGGCAAGUAUGUAACCUGGGUGCAGAGCAGACUGUUCCUCAAGAAUAUCAGACACAAGUACCCACCAUUCCAAAUGGACACAACUCCUCACCCCCCAUGGCGUUCCAAGAUCUUCCCAACACCUUGGAUGAAAUUGAUGCUUUAUUAACUGAAGAAAGAUCAAGAGCUUCCUGCUUCACAGGACUGAAUCCUACAGUUGUUGAGGAAUACACAAAAAGAGAAGAAGAAAUAGAGCAAUUAACUGAGGAACUAAAGAUAAAGAAAGUUGAACUGGAUCAAUAUAGGGAAAACAUUUCACAGGUAAAAGAAAGAUGGCUUAAUCCUUUAAAAGAACUGGUAGAAAAAAUUAAUGAAAAAUUCAGCAAUUUUUUUAGUUCUAUGCAGUGUGCUGGUGAAGUUGAUCUCCAUACAGAAAAUGAGGAAGACUAUGAUAAAUAUGGAAUUCGAAUUAGAGUGAAAUUUCGCAGUAGUACUCAGCUGCAUGAAUUAACUCCUCAUCAUCAAAGUGGAGGUGAAAGAAGUGUUUCCACCAUGCUAUACUUGAUGGCACUUCAAGAGCUUAAUAGAUGUCCAUUCAGAGUAGUUGAUGAAAUCAAUCAGGGGAUGGAUCCGAUCAAUGAACGGAGAGUGUUUGAAAUGGUUGUAAAUACUGCUUGUAAAGAAAACACAUCUCAGUACUUCUUUAUUACACCAAAGCUCCUGCAAAAUCUCCCUUAUUCUGACAAAAUGACAGUAUUAUUUGUCUACAAUGGUCCUCAUAUGCUGGAACCAAACAGAUGGAAUUUAAAGGCUUUCCAAAGGCGGCGGCGCCGAAUUACAUUCACUCAACCUUCACAAUAAAAGUAAAGGGUGUGAGAACUUUGGAAAUUAUCUGUUAAUAUAUCCUGUUUAUAAAUAUGACUCAACUGAAUAAAAGGAGAUUCAUUAAAGACUAAAAGAUCAGUUGUUUUUGGAAACCUGCUGUUAAAUACAAAUAGGUUGUGAAUGGAGGCCAUGAUAACUUCUUUUUAUGGAACCAAUAUCUGUUAGUAAAAAUUAAGUUUUCUUCAGUCUUUGUUGAACUUGAGUCUUAGCACUCUGACCCUCAGUCAUUGGGUCCCACAUUAAAAUGUAUUUCAAAUCAAAGAUGUAGUAGAAAGGACUAUCAGUUAAGUUUAGCUGACAUGGUAACCCUAAGCUUUAACUGCAGAGUAACAUAAUUACUUUUAGAGUCUAAAGAUGACUCUGAAUCUUAAGUCAUAUGUCAUAGUUUUCUCCCAAUGUUCUUUUUAAUUUUUAAAAAUUGAUAUGGAAAUGUGUAGUCUAAUGUAUAGUAAUAAUUUUAUGACAAAUCUGUUCAUUUCUUUCCUAUCUCCACUAGGAAAUGGAAUUUUAUGGGCCUUACCAAGUUUUAUGAAACUUGAUACUGUAAUUGCAUUGGUAUUUCAAAGCAAAAAAAGUACUGGGUUCAACUAUGUUAACAGGACUUCUUUGACAUGCCACAUGGUGGCCACUAAAUGAUGCAAAAUGCAACCAAAAGAUUGACACAGAAUAAAAUCAAGUGACAAGGGUUUUCAAAAAAUAACCCUAUAAAGUGUGUGUGGGUUUUUUUUAAUUUAAAGUCAAUUGUAUUUUACAUCUUAAAUUUCUAAAAAACAUUUUUAUAAUUAUUUUUAGUAAAAUUUUUCUUAAGAUUUCAUAUACUGGUUUCUACAAUUUAUAUUUGAAAUUUCUCAGUGUUAAUGUAAAGAGUGAAGGAAAGCAUUGAUUUGUUUCAAACCAUAAUGUUUCUAUAACAAGCUUUUAUGCCCUACCUUCCAGGUUGAUCCUACCCCAUUAUCUUAGAAAAUCUUUUAUCUGUAGAUGAGAAAAUCAUUUGUUUAUCUUUGAGUUAUACUAAUUAACAGUGCCAAAUUCUUUUAAAAAGUAAGUCUUGUAAGAAAAUGGAGUCAUCCAAGGACAUAGCUUUACACAGUGUAUUGGAUUAGUGCCAGUAACGACAAAAUUAUUUUUUUUGACUUGGUAGUCUGCAUAAUUGAAGAAUUGUACUCAGUUUGGGUUUUUGUAUAUUCUUAAAUAGCUACUGAAGUUUAUAUUCUUAUUAGGUCAAAAAAUAAUGAACCAUAAGCUUAUGUCCUCACUUGGACAAUUUCUCUUUAAAAAGUUAUUUUUUUCUUAUACAGAUUUUAAAAGAAUCUUCUCUUAAACUAGGUCUAAUGCAUGUAGUACUAUGAAAAUAUUUUAAAAUGACAUUUUUACUAGUGCGAAAAAGUCAUGUAAACAUUGAAAAGUUUGGUAACAUGUUAGUAAAUGGGUAUUGUUACCAAAUGUUUUUGUUUUCCACCAAAAUAUCUUUACUAACAAGUGCUUCAUGUAGUUUAACAUCUAAGUGCCGUCAUUUAUUUUUACAAAACAAGUAUCUGUGAAAAAGAGUUUGAAAAAUAGGCAUAUUUGAAAAUAAAGCUAUCAAUUAACACUUCAGUUUGUGCCAGCACUUAUUCCAUCCCUUGUUUGUAAGCAUAUAUUUCUAUACUGAACAAAGUUAUUAUUUUGUUUUAAAUUGAAUUUUGAGCUAUAAAAGAUGAAUAAUGUUUCAUUUUAAUAUUGAUAAAAUCAUAAGCCUAGUGCAUUAUAGUCUCAGUCAUGUAAAACUUCAUAUAUUUUCUGUGAAAGUUUUAACUACAAAUUAUCUAAACUUCAAGUAAAGGUCUGAUUAAUAUUUUAAACAUUAAUGUGACGAGCAAAUAUUUUUAAUGACAAAAUCUUCAUUUACUUGUCUAAGGAGUCAAUUAAAAGGUUUUUAGUAAUUGCCUCUAGCUAUUUGCUUAUUUUCUUUGGCGUAUGAAUCUUUAGUAUGCAAAAAAUGUCAUUUUGUCCUGCUGUUGUGUGUAUCAGCGUAUAUGUAUAAAAAACUGAGAAUUGCUACUUUAUGGGCAAUAAAUACAUAUUUUCAUAUUCUUUUGGUGUAUGUUAUUUUAAAUGAGAGCUGUUUUUAUACUUUGACCCUUCUUCAGAGUCAUUUUGAUUUUCAGAUUUACUGAAAGUCUAUUGAAUGUCUACUGUUUACAGAACAGUGUUUGGCAAUUUAUCCAUGUUCAAAAGGAUAGAAAAUUUAGUCCCUCGUCUGCCUGCAAGGAAAUUAGAGUCUAAUAGAAGCAGUAAACACAUGAAAUGAAGUUUAAACCAUCUGAAGAAGCCAUGUUACAAGGCAAGUAUAAAUAUUGUUAGGUUGAAACCUUAGAUUUUCUAACAAAAAUUCCCCAUAGCCCAUGUUGUCUGACUUCUUACAUUAAACUGCCAUUUAAAAGAAUUUUGCUUAAUAUAUUUUUGAGUCAGGCAGACUAUCACUUUUUUAUAGACAAUUCACUUCACUCAGUUUCCUUGGUGAAAUGAGGAUAAAAUACCUAAUUCACAGAGUUGAGAGGAGAGGCUCAAAUGGGGUCAGACAGGUAUCAGGACACCUAACACCAUAUAUUUUAUAAAUGUUGUCUUCUCAUCUUGUCCCCAGCUUCAUUCAGCUCUCAUAUUUUAACUGUUUUGUACAUCAAGGCCUGAGAAUGUUUUAUUAGUAAAGUUAAUGUGCAGAUUUUUAUUCUGUUUUACUUACAGUCUCAGUUGUUCAAAGGACAUAGAUACCUAUAGGCUUUCAGCAAGCCUUGGAGAGUAUAAAUAGAAUUAUUUUCAUACAUCUUGUUACCAUCAUGAAAUUUGAACAUGUUAACCUAUAUGAUUUGCCCUAGAGAUAUUUAUACCAUCCAUCUCAUUACUUUGUAAUCACACUAUAUUUAGGAUACUUAAUACAGUUUGAACAUUUGGGAGAUUUGUCCCCUUUGACAAUCUGGGAUUGAUUUUUUUAUUCCCAGUGUAAAUAUUCAUUUAUUGCUCCCAAAUAAGCUAUUGGUGAUUGGCUAGAAGAUUUAGUUGGUUUGGUUUGGUUUGGUUUUGGUUUUGGUUUUUUGUUGGUUUGUUUUUUUAAGCUAGUUUUGUGUAACCCCACAGAGAAAAAGCAAGGCUACUAUGCUUGGCUUCAUUCUAAGAAUUGCAUGUAAGAGAGCGUGGUAAACACCAGAAAGCAGACUAAGAACAACUCCAACUCUAUAAGCCCUGGCUUCAUCUGAGACUAUAUCUGUAACAUAGAUUAGCUGUUUUUAGGCAUGUUGAAAACAUGAAAGAUCUUCUAUGGAUACUUUAUGUUUCUGACCACUCUUUAGUUAGUAAACUUUUUUCCCCCACUUAACUAAUUUUUUAAUUCUUUUACAUUGCUCUUCAUUUUUUUGCAGUAUUUGAUUUGUCCUCUCAGGUGUUUGCAAACUCUUAUUUUGCUUCUCAGGAGCAUGCUUAACAUACAUACUUGGCAUUCAGGUCUGUUUGUUUCAAGACUAAGAUAUGGGGAUCCUGAGAGUAUGGCCAGUUGGUGAUUCCUGCCAAAUAUUCAGUAAGGAGUGGGUUGAAACAAAUCACCUUAAGAAAAGAUUUGGGGUAAGCCAUUCAAUUAAUGUU